UUUUGUUUCUUAUUUGUUUUUUUUUCUUUGAUCUUCGUUGCUCAGACUCUCUCGCUUCGCUGCAGACAUGAUGGACUACGACUUGUUUGACACUGUGACGCCCAGAUCGUCCUUUGGUGGUUCGCCACUCAACGACUCUGGCGAGCUCGUCGACAGUCCAGCCGCAAUCGCAGCACAGCAACAACAGCAGCAGACCGAGCCGCAACAAGCAGCAGCAGCAGCAGCAGCAGCAGCAGCAGCAGGGCAGGCGACCAGCGCAAGUAGGAUUGGCGACGGGAGCAACCCAGCCAUUGCCACUGCCACUGCCACCCAUCACAGCACCGGCGCCGGAGCCCAGGUCGCCGCUGCUGCUGCUACUGCUGCUGCUGCAGAGGUCGAAGCACCCGACGCCGACGCCGACGACAGAGACGAGUCCAACGCGACUCCAUACGUCAUUGAGACGGCCGCCCCGCCAACGUACGACGAAGACCUCGUCGAGAACGCCUUCUUCCAGACGCUCAAGAACAAGCAUCGCAAGCUGUACACGCGCGCGGCGGACAAGCGCCAUGUCAUUCUCGUGCCCCGGAGCGGAACCGUCGCUGCUGCGGCAUUGACCAAGGAGCUGAUCGAGUCGCACGUCGCAAGCCCAGCCAUGACAAGUAGUAGUAGCAGUAGCAGUGGCAGUGGUAGUAGCAGCAGUACUGCUAUUAGUAGCAGUGGAAAUGGCUCUAAUGCUGUGACUGCUCCCACUGCGGCGCCUGGAACGCCAACAGCAAGCACGGAUGGAGGUCCGACGAACAAGCAUUCUCAGAGCUCAGAUUCGCUCGUGUUCGACACGGCCAACCAGCGCAAAAUCCGCAUUGAUAAUGCGCGACGGACUGUCGUGACAGAUGCAGGGUUUCGCACGAGGAUUGAAGCAACCAUCCUCUUUGAGGAGAGCUUUUACAACACCCGCGACGAAAGCUUCCGAGUCUUGUGCUUGUCCCGCCCGCUGCUCCCGGUCGCCGGCGACGGCAAAUCCCAAAACUCUGCGUCAUCGGGCAGCAGUGACACUGCAUCUGCGCUGGGCGCCGCCCUGCAAUUCCAGACGUACGAAGAGUGCUCCAAUUUCCUCUGGUCCGACCCCGAAAACACACCCACCUUCUUUCGCAUCACAGAAUCCAUCAGCCUCUUCAACGCCAGCUUCCAGUUCAUGGCACACUCGCUCCGCCAUACAAUCGACGCGGCACACACCAUUUACACACGAGGCAUGCAGGCAAUGCUCACCACCCGCAUCGGCGCGCAGGCACGCUCCAACACUGCAAUGAUGACUGCGCUCAAGCUUUCUCUCGAAACGUACAUUCUCGACGGCAUCUACCUCAAAAUCUUUGACGGCGCCUGCUCCACCUUUGCGCAUCUGGACACCUCGUUCAACCGCAAAACUCGAGCCUUGCUCGACUUGUCCGACAAAGACAUGGAUGUGCCCGCAGAGCUGGGUCUCGGCAUCUCCAGCGCCGUUGCGAACAUUGCACGCCUAAACAUGGUCAAGACCCCACUCGAAAAGCUGCACGUCCUCCGGAAGAGCAUUGCGGCGAUCACGGCCACACCAGCUGCCGGCACGAAAUCGGCCUCCUCGCCGCCACUCGUGCUCUCCACGGACGAUCUCUUGCCCAUUUUGAUUCUCAUCGUCAUCCGCUCUGACAUUCCCAACUGGCACGCCAACCUGUGGUACACCCAAAGCUUCCGGUUUGCCAGCAACGGCACGGACGCGUUUGCCUUCACCUUGGCGUCCUUCCAAGCUGCAGUUGAGCACAUCAAGAGCGACGAGUUUGCGCGGUUUGCUACAGAGCGACUUGGCUUGAACAUUGGCACGUCGCACGCUGGGCAAGGUCACGCAUCAUCCGGGCGGAAUCGUGAAAUUGCCGAGUUGCUUGGUCACGCAGACGCGUUGCCUGGGACUGCGUCGGAGGCCGUGUCUGCAGACGCAUCAUCGACCACGUUGCAGCCUCCUCGAAACAGGGCGCACUCUGAAAUUCCUGGACUCUGGAGCUCGGGAGGCGCUGGCUCGGUUGCCACCAGUGUCGCCACGUCUCCAAGCACGGCUGCUGCUAGUGGUGGUGGCGCUGCGGUGUCGCCGGCGCGACGCACUUUCAGCUUUAGUGACGCAUUGCAACCCAGUUCACAGCAGCCCAAUCUCAAAAAGAAGGAUAAUAUCGACAUUCUGGUGGCACACAUGCUCCGUGGCGGGCGCGCCGCCGUUGAGUCGUUUUUCAAGAAGGUCAACAGCAACCAGUUGCCAGAAGUUCGUGCUAUUUUGGCCGCCGCUUCGUUAGGGCGUCGCGCGUCUUCCAUGCUGCAGUUAAACUCUAUCGGCGCCGACGCAUCGACCUCGCCCACCCAUCGCGUCAUCACGCGUGAAGAAGUCGAGUCAACGCUGUGUCACCCACUCUGCGACUGUGCCAAAUGCCAAGCCACGCUGGCCACUGUUGGUCGCCCGCACGAUGCGCCAGACGCUCCGGUCGACGAUGAUCCCAUCGAUCUUGAUUCGAGCAUUACCGUGUACUCUCGUGAUGGCGAAGGCUGCACUGCUUUGCACGUCGCUGCUCGCCUUGGGCAUGUCGACAUGGUCAAGACGUUGAUUGAGUUUGGCGCGAUUGUGAAUGCAGCCAACUACAUGGGUCUGACCCCGCUGCACUCUGCCUGUCAACGAAAUCACCUGGACGUUGUCAAGGUGCUGCUCAGCAAGGGUGCAGACCUCUCGCUAGCAGACCACGAGGGCAACACGUCGCUCCAUUUUGCUGCGCUGCAUGGCCACCUCGACUGCGUCAAAGAACUCGUUCGAAAUGAAGCCCGAGGUGUCAAUGCCCUGACCCAUGUCGUUGAUGUAAAUAUGACCAAUGGGCGCGGCAACACGGCCUUGCAUCUUGCCUCCAAAUGGGGCUUUAUCGACAUUGUCCAGGUGUUGCUGCGCCACGGUGCGAUGGCGGCCCUGCGCAACAGCCGGCAUGAAACUCCGUUGCAGUGUGCCCAGAACAAGAAGAUCGCUGAUCUGAUUCGCACCGAAACAGAAGACGACCCGGUCAGUGUCGAAGGGUUUGACGAGCAAGUGAGCGCACAGCAAGCGGCUGCCUUUCCGACUCGUCCUUCGACUCUAACCCGUAGCGCGACUUCUGCAAUGUUGAAACCAGCCGGAUUGAGUAGCUCUGCCGGCUUCGUGAGCUCCCCGGCAACGGCAGCUGACGGCGCCCGAAACGCGUCAACCCUGCGCCGCACAUUGACGCAGCCGGCGCUGUCCAACGAUAUUCGCGCCUCAUUGGUACCAGAGACCCUGUCAGAGCCAGCUAAUGCAGACCCGGCGGACACCAACACGGCCGUCUCAGAAGCACAGCGACGGCACGAGGCUGAAAUGGAAUCGCUCUUCAGGGCCAUCGACGACGAUGACAUUGCUCUCUUCAAGUUCCGUCUGAGCAUUAUUGACGCCGAGGAUGGGAGCGGGCCCACGGUUCGAGUUGCCCCGACGGAUGCCGUGCUGCUCAUGUGCCAUCCUCUUUGUCAAUGUGACAAGUGCUCCAUGCUCCAGUCGCAGCCGUCAACCGUGCUGGACAUUAACAGCACUUUCCACGAUGGCAUCACCGCCCUCCACUAUGCAUCUCUCCACGGCCACGAUGACAUUGUGGAGGUGCUGGUGAAAUGCGGCGCGGCUGUGAACAUGAGAAAUGCUCACGGACACACCCCGUUGCACUUUGCUUGCCAGUACAACCACAAGGUGGCUGUCGCAAAGCUUCUCAAUGCAUCCGCCAAAUUCAACGUGAAGGACCGCAACGGCAAUACACCGCUGCACUUUUGCGCUGGCAAUGGUCACGUCGAGUGUGCCGAGUUGCUGCUCGAGAAGGGCGCCAGCGUCAACGUUCCCAACAAGCGAGGUGAUACGGCGCUACACACUGCCUCUCGCUGGGGCUUUGGGAGCUUUGUAGUGCUGCUGUUGCAGCAUGGAGCCUCCACAACGCUGCAAAACGAGCGAGGCCAAACCCCGCUGCAAUGUGCCAAGAGCGAGCAAGUCAUGACGUUGAUUCUGAAUGCUGCUGCGCAAGCAAAGUUUGCCGCCGACGCUGCCGUCAGCAGCAGCAGCAGCAGCGAUUCUUCCUUCACCGCCGACUCGUCGGCUUCUUCCAGUGCUAGCGAUGCGCUUGCCAGCAUUGUUCAAAACUCGCCAGCCGUGCUGCGCCCCAAUGUUGUUCGCGAAAUGACAGCUACAGGACCUUCUGCUGCCGGUGGUGCCACUGACGCUACUUUUGCUGCCACUGCAACAACAUCUGGACCACCUUCGCCGGCGCUCGCGACGGAUCGCCCACGCGGCAGCAUUCCCGCAUCACCUCCAGUCAGGGCCGAAUCCAGCUCUCCGCUGCGCCGUGGCUCCAGCAAUGCCGGAGGCGUGCCGCAGUUUGAGCAAGACUUGGAGCCAGUCCCGCGACGUUCUCGCACCGAAUCGCUCAUCACGAUGCGAAGUCACAAUCGCAGUCCUUUCAACGAACGUUUGGACGAUCCUCUGGCAUCGAGUGGAUCCACGCUUGGCGGUUCCUUUUCAUCGUCGUCGAGGUCACAAUCUGCUAGUUUUGCCGAGGCCCCGACCAGCCCGAGCGCGGCGGCGGCGUCACCAUCCCCGCUCAGCACAGCAACAACAACAACAACACCAACAACAACAACGGCAGCAGCAGCUUCUGCAGCCACCACGCCGACCUUCUUCAGAACCAAUGGCUUUAUGCCAGCCAUGAAAGGUCGGCCACAGCAGUCGGCCGUGACUGGCGUCCCAAGCAGCACCACGGAAUUUGUCGACCUGUCCAGCUCCGCGACCACGGCCGUUGCUGCGACGGCUGCGAUCGCAAACACCCAAUCCGCUCCUCUUCUUCCUCUUCCUCCUCCUCCUCCAACUACGCUGCCGGGAUCCGGACCGGCUGCCUCGCCCUCAAUGAAGUCGAGCCAAACUCGCAGCCGAGCUGCAAGCUCCACCACGUCUGCCGCAGGGGUGUCGUUCCCAGCACUGUCCCCGGCCUCGUCCGGAAUCGCAGAGGCUGCGAGCGAGGCACAUCCACCUCCGGUUCAGCGGCAGUCGUCCACGGGCUCGAGCACGCGCGCGUCCAACAUUGGGCUUGGGGAUAUUUUCAACAUUAUGGAAACCAGCGACUUGGCCCAAGGGCACGCGCAGAUCAUGGCGUCCAUUGGCAACUUUAAUCGCACCAAUCUCAAGCGGCCCAAACUCACCCGCGACCAAAGUGCGCCAUUCAUCGAUGGCCACCUCAAGCUCGCGCUGUCCAUCAACAAGUUUGACACGGCCCGUCUGAAGCGCACCACGACACGCGAGAAGGUACUUCCUGCACUCUCCAAUGUUCCUGCAGAGCUACUCGGCGAUGCCCAGGAUCCCCAGACCACGCCAAAAGCCUUUGCUUCCACUGACGACGAGUAACCAUUGUUUUUGUGUUGAUUUGUGUCAAAAAAGAAGAAAAAAAUUAAUAAUCAGUAAAUUUGAGCGUUAUGUGAAAGAUUCUGACGAUGGUUGUUCGAUUCAAAUGCAAAGAUACAAAACAAAA